GGAUAGAUUUCUCAGUCGAAGAAAUACCCGAGCCUUCGAUGCAUUUUGAUCAUGAUUGCGCGGUGGCUCGAUAUUCCUUAAUUUCAUGAGACGGAAAUGGUGUGACUCGAGGUAGAGAAAAUCGCCAUGCCUCCAGAACCUAAGAUGCCACCGCAAAAAACUGUAUCCUUUAAGCUUCAAGUGAAGACUGAUGCAUCGCCUUUCAACCGUGCUCUUGAGGAGUAUAUCAAGCGGAGAGGGAAGAAGAGCAAGACUUCUCAGUUGAUCGCAGACCUGCAAAGUUCACCCAAGCCUCUUUCCAAGCAAGAUGUAAACAACGCGUUGAAGCAGCUCGAAAAAGAGACCACAGAUUCUGCAGUAACGCGGAACAUUAGGAAAGUGUUAAGGCCAGUGAUUACAGUUCUUGCUGAUUAUUCGGGUGUGGUUGAUACUAUGAGUAAUGCGGAUCCUAUGCCGACAGCAAUCAUUUGGGGUUGCAUGAAGGUCGUCAUCGAUACUUCCAAACGAUAUUUGAAUCUAUAUGAUGAUAUCAAGAACCAACUCGAAGACAUUACUCUUCAGCUCAACGUGCUCACAGAGUUUGAGGAAUUAUUUGGAGACUCAAAGACCAUGCAAGAACUGCUUCAGAUGACAUAUAUUGAUGUGAUCAGGUUUUGGAUUCGAGUGGACAAAGAGUGUCAUCGAUGCGUUGCCAAUAGAAUGGGCAGAGCAUUGUCUUCAUUUAGUACCUCAAAAUUAGAUGUCAUCAUCAAGGACAUCGAAAAGAAUGCUGAUCGGGUUAGUAAACUAGUUCCUGUUGUACAAGAGCGUGUUCAAAAGGGUGAGCGGGAAGAUGCAGCAGAAGAGAGACGUUUGGCAGGUAUCGCUCGAGACCAACAAAGUGCAUUCAUCGAGCAACAGCUAGAGGACAUGAAGCUGAGAGCCAUUGCAAGGAAAAAUGGGCGUCAAAAAGACGUGAGAAAUUGGUUACGAGGUCAUUCAACUCUUAACGAAAGCAAUUUCCGUCGUCAAGAGCAGUAUUUGAGGAGACGAAGUCCUGACACAUGUUCCUGGCUCUUUUCUCAUGAUGAGUUUGAAAAUUGGAAGAACCUGGAUUCAAUGAGUUCUGUGCUUUGGGUUAAAGCGGUGCCCGGAGCAGGAAAAUCCGUUCUAGCUGCCUUUACACAAAGCACAUUUCAGACCAAUUCAUCUCUGUGCUCACUAUAUCAGUAUUAUUCAUUCGAUGAAACAUUCUCAUCCCUUCAAGUCUACUGCGCUAUCGCUGAGCAGCUCGCCAAUCGCUUGUGGACUUAUCUCGAGGAUAUGCCUGAAGACAUCCAUGCUUUUACACAACGAACAAGUACCGCAUUCAUGAUCGAAGACGUGAAAACCUUUAUUCGCAUGAGUUUGAGUCGUCUUCCUCCAUCCUAUCUAUUUCUCGAUGGUUUGGACGAGGAAUGCGAUUCUGGUUCUCGAUGGGAAGCGUUGUCGGAUGCUUUGAGAUUUUUCAUCGAGCUUACACUAGAUAAGUCCUACCAACUCAAGCUAUGGUGCAGUAGUCAAGAUCGGGCUGAUCUUAACAAGGCUUUGAAAGACUGUGCAGUAAUUGAGGUUACUAAGGACAUAAACAGUGCUGAUAUCGAGCGUUAUCUGUCGAAGUCAAUCUUGAAGCUUGAUAGUCUAGAUCUUGAUGAAGGAUAUCAAAACUUAAUACUACAGGAUCUUCGCCAGAAAGCAGAUGGAUGCUUUUUAUGGGCAUCGCUUAUGUUAGACUCUAUUUCUAGUGCGGUGACACUGUCAGCUGUGCAAUGUCAAGUUCGAGAAGGCUUACCAAAAGACUAUGAGAACUACUACCAGAAUAAAAUUGACAAAAUUGAGGCAUCACAAAAAUCUUUUGUUUCCCAAAUACUCGCAUGUAUUGUUUAUGCACGACGACCGCUACGAUUAGACGAGCUAUGCGAGUCGAUUGCGAUUCUUGGCGCUUCCGAUUGUGACAAUGUUGACAAGUCACAGAGAUUAUUUAGGAGCAUGGCUUUAAAGUUAUGUGAGCCACUUAUCCAAAUCGAGGAUAUCGAUACCGCACAUGGCAAAAUUUCAACAUGUACUCUCACCCAUGGCUCUGUGCGACAAUUUCUCGUUAAGCACCCAAAAUGUCUGAGCAGAUCCGAGCCAUUAGCAUGUGAGAUUACGGAGGAAGUCAUGGCCAAUAUUUGUCUAAAAUAUCUCUGGCAAUCUCGUUACCAGCGGCUAUUAAUCCAAUCCAAGGACACCUUCGAGGAUUAUACAGGCGAAGAUGUAAUGGAACACCAUUUGCUCUCUUAUGCUGCGAAGUACUGGGACAAGCAUCUUGAUGGAGUUACAUAUACCCCUGAAAUCUCCUCGAGAGUUCAGAACUUCAUCACUUCAGCACAGUUCUUCACAUGCCUACAGGUUCAAAGUCUGUUCAUUGGAGGACAAUUCCAAUUCUGGCUCAAUUCCAACCGAAUUUGGACAGGGCCACAUCUGAGACGUGUGUUCCCAGCCUGGCUUGCUAGUAACUGUGACAAGAAGCUAGAAAUUAAGUAUAGCAAUUUUGUUGGUGAAUGGAAUCAUGUUUUGGAUAAGGUUACGAAUCUGGGAGGCAAGUACCCCGGUGAAACUGAUCGGAUUUUUUGGUCUUCUAUGGGUCCUACAAAUUUCUUGCAAAAUGGUCAAAGUCGUUAUAGAAGCUUCAUAUUUCAGACUCCGGAUGAAGACCCUGAUCUGGAAACACCUUCUCGAUACUAUGAUGGGAUUGAUCUCGCGGGUCAGAAUAUGGUGGUGUUAAGGAUAGAGAAUUUGGGGAGCGGUUCCGAAGAGCUUGAAUUUACUUGCCAACAGUGGAAAAUUGGUACCCGGCGUCCUAAGCUUACAGUAUCGCAAAAAAUUAAUGCAUCUCGCGCGAACUGGUGUCUGUACGAUCAUCCAGUUAGCAAAAAGGCGCUUGGGCGUCCUAUUCCAGUUUCCCUGACCCCUGAUCUUCAAUAUUUGCGAAUUGGCUCACAAAUAUUUGCCAAGCAAAAGGACAAAUAUACACCCAUUGAAUUAUUUGACAAGGAACUAUAUCUCGAUGACAUGGCCAAUUCCGGACCGUAUGUCGCCGUAUCGUCAAGACAAAAUUUAACGCACGAGAAUCUUGUUGAGAUACAGCCAACAGACGAUCUCACGAUUGACUACGGAGAAUACAUAGCCCGGAAAAUAAUUCAACAGCUAGCAAAAAGCGAGGAACAGGAUGUGACUAAGCCCUCAACGGUUGCAACUACCCCUAUCGAAAAAUCGCAAUCCAGUCGGUCUAGCUCUUCGUCAAGUAACAGUUCUGUUAUAUCACUUGUAAUUGAAGAUAGCGUCGAUACUGAUAAACACAAAUAUGAGAAAAUUAUCAUUGAAGAGUUUGAUGAUCUAGUCGAUGCUUCUGAUAUCAGUUCUGAUGGUAAUUCGGCAGAGACGGAUUGGAGUGAAGGGUCAACGAUAGGUGAUUUGGAUGAAUUAGACGACGAUGAUCAAUGGAACGAUUGGGCCAAUGAGCGAGUCGAUAUAGAAGAUCUAAAUAAAGAUUUUGAUGAUUCCGAAUAUCAAAGAUCACAUGACAGUGAAGAUUCCGGCUCUGACCUUCCAGAAAUUCCAGAUUAUGACGAUCUUUCGGAUAACUUCGACGAAUCAGGAAACGAAGAGGAAAUGGGGGGUAUCGGUAAAGAUUCCGAUAUUGAGAUGAUCUUAUCCGGAGCACCAGGAUAUGUUUUAAAGCGCGCUCGUUUGGAUACGGAUGGCAAAGAUUCAGAGUCGUCUUUAGCUAGUCAUUAUUCACAAAGUCUCUAUAGUGGCUCAGAAAGCGACAAUAGCCAAGGCGAUGAAGAUAUCGUGGAUAAUGAAGAGGCAUAUAAACUGGAAAGUCUCUACCUUGGGAAGAAACCCAUUGGAAAAGAUGCGCCUCGUGUUUCAAUACAAAUAUAUGACACUACGAUGCAAGACAAAACGCCAAUUUUUCACUUUUCGCAACGUAUAUCUGGCGGGAUAUUCCACUCCCCUCCCGUCUUUCACCCAACAGCACCACUUCUGGUUUGGCCCUUGGGCGAUGGUAAGAUAUUGUUUGCAAAUCACUCAACCAAUACAUAUUUCACCCGAGAACUUUGUUGUUCCACAUAUCGCUCCUGUCACAUUUUCGUUAAGACCAGAUUCUCCUCCUGUGGUAAAUUCAUUCAUUUUGCGACACUUGAAGGCCGUCCCGUUGAAAAAGAACCUAAAAUGCAUCUUAGUCUUCAAGUUUCAACCCACCAUUUGUCUUUCCGCAAAACAGCUAGAAGCCCUCCUCGAUUGCUAUUCAAGACGAAUGUACCGCUGGGAGAAAGCGCUUCCAUGAGUGUUAGUCGACUACCAUACACUCUAACGUGGACGGAUAAAGAACUAUUCUUUGUUACUCGAGGAGAAGAGUUGAAUGUUAUGAGAAUUCCAUUAUUCAGAGGAGCGGAUGAUAAGACAGUCCCAGUGUGCUGUAACCAAAGUCCAAUAUAUCUUCCUCGAUCCGCUAAAUCGAGAAACGUGCAUUAUUUUCCUCCUUGUUCGAAAUCUAAGAAAGAAGACAAAGUGAAAGGAAAAGAAGAAGUCGGGAAAAUUAUCAUCGGAUCACAUUCUUCAAUUCCAUCCCAAGGAUUGAUAGUCCCAAGAAGAAGUAUGGUACAGCCUCCUAUCGGUGUAUUGGUGAAGGAAGAUACUGACCUUGGGGGAUGGAAAUGCAAGAGUAUGGAUUUGGAGACGGACGGAGACGGAAAGGAGAGGAUUAACGUGCAUGGUGGGAGAUUGCAGGGGAAGUUUGAGAGUUUUGAUUUGAAAGAGGAUUGCGAUAUUGUUCCUUACUUGUUUUAAUUUUUUUAUGAGUUAUCUGUGAUCUGAACAACUAUUCUCUAUUGAAAGGACGGUAAAGGGGUUGGUGCGCUUAUGAUAGGAUUGCGCUUCGCUAAUUCUAAAUUCUUUUAUUUAAACUUCAAUGGCCACAAUAUUCAAAUGCCAAGUAUAGAACA